AUGGCCUUGAAUGAAAACAACUCACUGUCUCGGCUCCUUGAACAAUUUCCUGGGUAUGGAAAGUUCACCUCACAUAUCACGAGUGUUACAUCAUCCUUUGUCCUCCCAUUCUUGUACAUUACCGACCGCCACAAUCCGCGCAUCACAGCCUCACUGCUCAAUCAGAUUUACCGCAACAGUGAAGAUUCUUCUCCUACACAUUUUGCGCACAUAAACGGGACCGCUUGCUUUACAGCGCGGUUGUUGUAUGAUACCGUACUCAACGCGCUCGCAGGAUGGGAAGUGGCCUGGGAGAAUGGGUGUCAAAAUUGGCCUGGUGAGGAUGGGAAAAGAUACAACGACAGUAUCGAUAGCUUUUUACAUGGACUCCGGAAUCUACGCAAUAAAUCCUGGCAAGGAACGGCUAAAGGAAACGGUAGAACUGCAGAUGAAGAACCGAAGAUGGUGCUCCUCGUCGAGAGAGCCGAAAGGCUGAAGGACAACCUCCCGGACCUUAUUGUUCCUCUCACACGUCUCGCAGAAUUGUCACAGGUGAAGAUAGCGACCAUCUUCCUGUCCUCUGCGCGAUGGGAGGAUAUUAAGCCACCUCUUGGCGCAUCCCCAGAUCCCUACUUCAUCGAUAUCGACCCUCCAAGCAAACAGGAUACAGUCGAUAGCCUUCUUUUUGAGUUUCGUUCCACGUCCGCAGCUCAGGCACGUACAGGCACGCAGGAUAAGACGUAUCAUCUAUCACUGUUGCCGUUGUACGAACAAUAUGUGGAACACAUCUACAAUGUUUGCUCUCUUUACACAACCGAUAUCCAGGAACUGCAGUAUAUCGCCGCCGCACGAUGGCCUGGGUUUGUUAAGCCUGUGUUACAGGAGCAAAGCGAUGCUGAUGGAGACGGGGACCCAGACCCAGACGGAACAUGUAAUGAACUGACACUCCCUGCUUCCGACGGCCGCAUGAGACUGCUCAAGUUCUUUACCCCUUCUCUGACGGCGGCACUCGAUAUGCUCCAUCCACGCUUGACCAAUGCUACGGACUGGGCGUUAGCCAAUGACCCUGACAUGCAAGCAUCAGAGGAGGCACAAUGUCAAACAAACACGGAAGCGAGCAUCGUCGUUGACCACCUACCGCGCAUGUCCAAAUUCAUCUUACUCGCAGCGUUCCUUGCUUCGACAAAUCCUGCCAAGAGUGACGUGCGAAUGUUUGGUCGCGGUGCAGAUAAGCAGAAAAGGCGACGUCGAAAAUCUGUGUCGCCAAGGAAGGCUGGGGCGCAGACGACUGUUGCAAAGGUUUCACAAAGACUACUUGGCCCUGUAGUAUUCCCACUGGAUAGACUUCUUGCAAUUCUUGGCGCUCUCCUGGAGGAGAAUGAUGUCGAGAACCGGCCUCACGAACCUUGCUUUGAACUUCCAGGGGAGCACACCGACAUGGAAUUGGGGCGUGUGCACAUUUACGCCGCUAUCACUGAGCUUACGUCUAUGCGUGCCCUACACCGCACGACUGCUUUCGAGAAACUAGAGGGACCGCCUAUGUAUAAAUGUGGGAUUUCAUUUUGGGUAGCAGGGGCACUCGCCAAGGAUUUGCAGGGUUGGUGGUGCUGGGGUACUGGCACAAAUCGGCGAGUAUCAGAAUGUAUAACUCAACUAGAAUCUGGAGCCGAUCACGUAGCUAAUACCACCGGUGAAGAGUUUGUCUCUGAAUCCGCGGCAUUCCCUUUGCAACUACUCGACUCAAAGUUCAACUCUGCCGACCUCCGAGUCGAGAGUGAGGUUACUGAGGACCAACAGGUUGACUCGGACGACCACGUGCAACCUCUCAGCUCGAUUUCUGCAUUCACUGCUCGGAGUUCCAUUAAUGAUAGUGCGGACUUUGACGACCCAAACCUCGACCCUUCACGUAGCACAGAAUUUGACGACGAGUCGCCCUAUCCAGAGGUCCGAUCCGCUGUUGCAAACACAGACGAUCCGUCCAUACAUGUAACAACGCUUCGUACAUGGGUUUUAGGUUUGGCCUGGGCAAUUAUCAUGCCUGGCGUGAACCAGUUUUUCUUCUUCCGCUAUCCCACCGUGCCCAUCACUGGCAUAAUCGCUCAGCUACUCUCGUUUCCAAUAGGCCGCCUCUGUGCUGCUUAUCUUCCUCAAAAAAAAAUCUUGGGGAUUUCACUAAAUCCUGGUCCCUUCACUAUCAAGGAGCACGUGCUGAUAACAAUCAUGGCUUCGGUGGGCGCGACAUCUGCUUACGCAUGGUUUUUGGUGAUGUCAACGCAACUAAUUGGCUUCUCCACUGGGGGAAUCACACGACGGUUUCUUGUGUCGCCUCCAAGCAUGAUCUGGCCCGCGACUCUCUAUGCGGGUAUUGGACGAUUAGGCGGCUUAAGCCGAGAACGCUUCUUCGUCUACGUUUUCACAAGCGCAUUCUUGUGGUUCCAGGCCCUUUCGUGGUUUUCUUGGGUAACAUGGAUUUCGCCUGACAAUGCUGAACCCCUAGUUGUUUCACAGCUCUUCGGAACGAUGUACCAUGCGCUGAGAAAACUAGCUACGUCCACGGUAUGUCUAAUUCCGGUCAACAUUAGGGUGGGCAACGGCGAACGUUAUUAUUGGCUUCGUAAUUUUUUAUUUAUUUCGUCAAGGACCUCCUUCGAUAACACACAGAACACAUACAAUGUCUCCCGGAUAUUGACUUCAGAAAGCACUUUUAACGUGACAGCAUAUGAGGAGUACAGUCCGAUAUUUAUUCCAGCAGCAUUCGUGAUGUCUUAUGGUCUCUCGUUUGCUUCCAUCACUGGUAAGGAAGUAUGCACUAUAGCUAUGACAGAAAUUGACAGAAAUGUCUUAGCGACUAUCGUCCAUUGCUAUAUUCAUUUUCGGAAGCAAAUUUGGUAUCAAGCGCGACGGUCACUCGAGGAACAGGCAGACAUUCAUGCUCGCCUUAUGAGUCGAUACCCACAAGUUCCCGAAUGGUGGUACUUGUCCUUAUUCGCUCUCAUGUUUGCAUUGGGUGUCGUCAGCAUCGAGAUUUGGCCUACAGAGAUGCCGGUUUGGGCUUUUGUCAUAGCGCUCUUAAUCGGCAAUCACCAAUCAGCAAAUUGGGUUGAAACAUAUCCUAGCGUCAUCACAGAGCUGAUCAUCGGAUAUUCGCUACCUGGCAAACCGGUAGCAAUGAUGCUGUUCAAGACCUACGGCUAUAUUACUAUGUAUCAAGCCUUGACAUUUACGUCCGACUUCAAACUUGGUCACUACAUGAAAAUCCCUCCUCGAAAAAUGUUCUGGUGCCAGAUUGUGGCUGCGAUAGUUGCUGGAACCACGCAAAUGGGCGUUCAAUCGUGGAUGUUCUCUACCAUACCAGACAUAUGUAGUAGUACUCAAAAAGACGGUUUCACCUGUCCUAACACGGAGGUAUUUGGCACUGCGUCCAUCUUCUGGGUUCCGGGCAAUUAUAUCAUUGUAUGUCCCCAUUGCCAGCUUGACAGAAGGAACGCUAUAGACACACUUCUAGCCGUGUUAGUAUUCUUCAUCAUCGGAGCAUUUCAUGACGUCGUACACCAUAGCCCGCUAAUAUUUAAUGGUACCAACAAGAUUCCCCCAGCUUCUGCGCUCAAUUAUGUACCGUGGGCGCUCGUAGGUUUCAUCUUCCAGUAUGUUAUACGAAGGCGUAAUUUUGCAUGGUGGACGAAAUACAAUUAUGUCUUGUCGGCGGCACUGGAUGCUGGACUAGCUGUUUCUGUAAUCUUCAUAUUUUUCGUAUUGCAAUAUCCGGCAAAAUGGGUCGAUUGGGGAGAGCUUGCAACAUUGGUGGGGCAACACGGUGGGCCCUUCAUUGAACUACCAGCUCAAACGACUAAUGUGUUCAUCAUUAAGGUGUUUAACACAACUGCUGAUGGUAUGGGCACUCCGGUUCGUCAGUUACACGGCUCAGAAACAUUCGGCAAACUCAGCCCCAGCAUGGGAUCUUGGUAG